AUGACUAUUACCACAGCCUGGAACAACAUGAUACAUAGGUCCAUGUGUAUAACAGUGACAGUUUUACUGAUUAAUCAUGGCUACUGUGAUAGAGAUUUAACCAGAUCGGUUAAAUUAUUCACAGGCUCAAUGAUCGACAUCGACUACUGGUCAGCGUAUCGUCUUCCUAAUCAGUCAACUGUCUGUGAUCAAUUCAUCAAUUCAUAUUACUUAGAUGAUCCUAAAGAAGAAAACAGAUAUGUAACUUUUGCUGGCUCUCUGUCAUCUUCGCCUACAGUAGCAUCAAGGGGUGUUGCAUCAGCGGCCUCCUCCGCCGCCGCCGCCUCUCCAUCUUCAACGUCGUCAUCAACAUUAUCAUCAUCUUCGUCAAAUCUAAAAACUGCUGGCAGUCAACUUUGGGAUCGUCAUAAACCAUCGAAUUGGAUUAAUGCUGUUGAAUUUGAUCCAACCUCUUUAGUACAGUUGCCUAAAACAGAAAAGCAACAUCUUUAUGAUUAUAAUCAACGUUUCAAAAAUGUUCUACGCAGUCGACAGCCAACAUUAUUCACCUUCACUAGUCCACUGUAUCCUGACAACUAUCCGCCGAAUGUUGAUUGUAUCAAGGUAAUUAAAGCUCCACAAGAAGAUCAACAGAUAGUUCUUGAUUUUCGUGGACCUUAUCAAUUUGAACAAUCAGCUGAGUGCAUCAAUGAUUAUUUAGAAGUUCGUGAUGGUGAAUAUGGUUUCUCACCGUUGAUUGGUAGAUUCUGUUCAGAUAAUCGUCAAUUACAUUCCAUUAAAUCAAAUGGCCAAUGGUUGCGGUUACGUUUUCAUUCAGAUUUUAGUAUUGAAAAAUCUGGUUUUCAGGCUGUUUAUUAUUUUACUAAAUUAAGAGGUAAAGAUGAAGUACUGCCACAAAAACCGAUUAUCUCAACCACAAUAUCUAUCCAAGAUGAAGUAACAUUUGAACAUAAGGAUUUAUUAAACUUGUGGAAGGAUUAUACAAACUCAAUAAUCAAGACAAAAUCACAUCCAGUUGAUCGGCUAACUGAAUUCAUCAUUGAUUUUCGAACAAAUCGAAGUGAUUUGAUCCUUAUGAUUCAUCUAAGCUUAGUGAAAUUUCAAAUCAUUGAUCCAGAGUGUAAAACUAAUAUCAUCGAAAUAUACGACGAAUUCUUUCUAACCGAUAAAGAUACACUGCCUAAAACACCGUCAAUCCUAUCGAAAAGUAGUAAAGGCAGUCAAGUACUACAACGCGUCAAUGAAAAAUACACUCCGAGAGUGAUUCAUACUUGUAAUAAGAAAAAUUUAGAACCGUAUACAUGUAAAUUAGGCCGAGGUGUUGUGCGUAUUCUAGUUUCACCAGAACCAGUGUCAGUUGAGCCUAUGGAAUACACUCAGACGAAUACAACGAAAUCAAUAACUAAAUUGCCUGAGAUCAAGUUAACUGCUACAGUAUUGAAAAAUGCGCUUUGUGAAGAUGACUGGAUUCCGUGUGUACGACCAACUGACUAUAUUGCCUAUAAAGAGUACUACAAUCUAACAGUUCGAUCGAAACCAAAAGAUACACCGACUGAUAUUGAUGAUAAGAAAAGAAUAAUAAGAAUAAGAAUAUCAAGAAGCCGAACAUCAUCAGUAACUGAAUCAAGUAAAACAAAGGGUAAAGAUUCCGUGACUGCAUUGAAAUCUACAAUAUUACUAAGUCAUCCAACACUACCGAAGACAAUUUAUUGCCUGCCACCAAAUUUAGUCUGUAAUGGACAUUGGAAUUGUCCAAAUGGUGAAGAUGAAGACAAGUGUCCACGUCCACCAAAUGGUUUAGAAGCCUACGAUGUAUUUGUACAUGAACAUAACCUAUCAGAUGAAAUGCCUACAGAAAUAAUUGAAGAAAUGAUAACCACUGAAAGAUUAGACAGUAUAUCUGCAUCAUCUGAAGACGACGAUGAAUUUCAUCAUCACACGCCAAUUAUUGCUGGUUUAUUAGGAUUCUGUGCUAUCUGUGGAAUUAUUUCAGCUGGAAUGACAUUGGUCAAUCGAUCGAAGAAACAGAAACAUCCAAAUUUCGGUAGUGUAUGCAAUAGUAUACUAUUUGAGUCUGGAACUUCAUUGAUUACAGCUUUAGAGUCUUCUGGAUCAUUGUCCAAUUUGAAAUCUUUACAAAUAAAUAAUUGCAAAUGUGAAACUAUAAGUUAUGCUGAUGAUUUAAAUAAAAAAGUUCAGUAUAAAGAGUCAACUUACAAUGUUUCAGUUAACACAACUUUUACUACUCCUGUGUCAACUACAACAACGCUGACGACAACCGAUUCAUUAAAUUUAAAUGAUGCAUUAAAACAAGAAGAAGAGAUUAAGCCUUUAAAAACUUCAUCAGACUGUAAUUUUCUAAACUGUGGCAACUUGUGUUCAAAUAGCGCGCCAAAAUCACAAGACUCAUUUAAACAAACAACAGAAUUCAAUGAUGAUGAUAAUGAUGAUGAUGAUAUAGAGAAACAAAAAGAAAUGAAUGAUACUGAACGUCCUAAACAUGAUGAUAUAGAGUCAACAACAAGUGGACUAGCUGAAAUAUUCGAUCGAGCUACAAAACCUUUAGGUUAUAUACACAAAUUAGAUUCAAGUCCAGCAUGGAAUCAAGCCUCGAGUCAGAGUACAAUACAGCAGCAUUUAAGAGAAACACAAAAGUUAAAAUCAACAUUUAAUCCAUAUUUACAUGAAUAUCCAACUAAUCGUAGUUUAGGCCAAUUACCGAAUACUUUAGUUAUCCCUGUAGAUAAAUUAUCAAAACAAUAUCAUUCACCUAUGACACUUCAACGCUCCAUACAUGAAGCGUAUCAUAAAUCCAAGGUUAGUCGUUCUGAUCCUUUUUCAUUGAAAGAACAAUCAGCAUUUGUAUGUAAUACUGAUGGUUCAAAUAUUGAUGAGCACUUACAACUCGAUAAUCUCAGGCGAAGUUUUUCAGUUAGACGUAUUAAAGAUAAUACUAAUACUACUACUACUAAUUAUAAUAACAAUACCAAUUCAUACCAUACACCGUAUAUCUCAUAUACUUCAUUAAAACAAAAUACUCUACCGAGUGGAUUGUUAGAUUAUCAAUAUUUUAAUGAUAAACAUUGUACAAAAUCAUUUUAUCAACCACGAUACAGCCUCGAACAACAACAACAACAACAGACAUCUGAGACAAAUAUAUUCUCCAUAUUGGAUACUGAUUGUCGACAGAAACAAGGACGAUUGCAACAACAAAAACGUAAACAUUUUAAAGGCAGUGCACCGAAACGAGCUAAACAUGAAAAUAAUCUUCUGCUGAAAGAACAAACUAAAUCCAAUACACCCUUAUAUCAGUUAUUACUGUCCAAUGGUCAACAAUACAGAACAACAAAACACGCCCAGCUAAUAAGUUCGCAUAAACUCUUCGAUUCGUAUAAAUCAAGUCAGACAACCAGUGGUGAAAUCUUAGACUUGGACAGCAAUCACGAUCAUCGAAAUACUCCGAAACAACUGCUAACAAAAUCAGCUAAGCCAGCUGGAAUGACAAUGACAUCGUCCAUCCCUACCACAACAACAACAGCAACAGCAACUCUUCCUCCUCUCACUAAUACUACCACUUCCACCUCGACAGUCGUACCAAUGAAUAAUGUUAUAAAAUAUCGCACAAAACUCUUCAGUAACAAAACACCCUUAUCCCCGUCAAAAACAAUAUGGACAAUAGGAUCUUCCAGUGAUAGACAAUGGACUAAACACAGCGAGAAUUCACCACCCAAUGAUGAUGAAUCAUCGUGUUGUAUUUCACAGAAUGAAAGCGAUACUACCACUACUACUAAUACUCCGCCAAGUAAUGAUAGUCAGUUAGCGAGUAAUAUUCGAUUGUCAAAUAAAACUAAACCAUUCCAACAAUCAAUUGUACGCGAAAGAAUGAAUUAUUCUCAUCAAAUGACUAGUGGGCAUUUUGAUCAAGAUUUUAUUCAAAAUACUACUACUACCAUUACUGAUACUACUGAUAAUGUUAAGGACAAUCAUAUCAGUAGUAUAUCUCCACUGACACGUCGUAAUCACAUAACAGGAAGCACUAUAACAUUUGAUAAUUUACAGUUGUUUAAGCAAUCUAAUGAAGUUUAUCUGUGCAAUUGUAAUUUGAACAGUAGCGCUAAAUACAACUUUCCGUCGAGUUAUUCAGUUAUUCAGCAAACUGUAUCACCUGAAAUGAAAUUUAGUCAUACUAUGAGAAAAAAUGCCUCAUGGAAUGAUAUGAGUCGUCAGGUUGAAUAUUUUUAUGGUUAUGAAGACGAAGACGACGAUGAGGACGUCGAGGACGAAGAUGACGCCGCCGAUGAUGGUGAUGAUGACGACGAAGACAAAAACAAUGGCAGCGAUGAUGAUGAUGCAGAAGAGGUAGAAGAUGAUGAUGAAGAUGACGAAGAAGAAGGAGAAGGGGAAGGAGAGGAGGAGGAGGAGUUAAGUGAGCAGAUAAAUGGUAAAAGUGAACAGUCUUCAGAAGUUGACGGUUCCAUAGUGGAUAAAAAUGAAGGUCGACAAGAGUUCACAAAUGCAUACAAUCAUUCGUCGAAUAUAACUCUGCCACAUGAAAGCAGUUCUGAAGAAUCUCCCUGCCAAGUGCAAAUGAGUAAUCAUAGUACUCCUAGACGACAGCCACUUGGAACAUCUGUUGUCAUAAUCACUUCUAAAGGCAGAACAAUACAACCGACGAAAAUUAUAUAA